AUGUCGUACGCUCCACCUUACGGCGAUCCUUAUGCUCGCCCUCCCCCAGACCGUCCACCAUACGACCCUUACGGGCGCCCACCUUCUGAUCCUUAUGCGCGCCCUCCCCAAGAUGGAUAUCCAGCAUACGACCGAGGCCCAUACAGUGCACCCCCGCCUGUAGCCCGUCCCCCUCCGGGUCCCCCACCUCCCCUGCCACAGGGCUGGGUCCAGGAAUGGGAGCCCAGCACCCGUCGCGCAUUCUACGUAGAACAAGCCACUGGUCGGUCCCAGUGGGAGACGCCUCCGCCUUACCAGCAGCCUGCCUACUCUGGGUACAAUGAUGGCUCUCGCAGCGUUCCUCCUCCCGAGCCCCAGGGUGGCUAUUAUGCGCCUCCCCCGGGCCCUCCACCUGCACCUGUGCCUUACGAUGACCGUAGCCCUGGCUACUAUCAGCGCGAAGAGCCUGAGAAGAAGAGCAGCAACGCUGGGAAAUAUCUCGCAGCGGGUGCUGCUGGUUUGGCUGUCGGUGGUAUUGGCGGUGCUUUGCUUGAACAUGAGUUUGGCGGCGACUCGGAUAAAUCAGAUCUCGAAGAAGCUUACGAGCAGGGCCGUGAAGACCAACAAGAGGCUUAUGAGGCCUAUGACAGUGAUUGA